AAGUGUGCAUGCUGUCCUGAAAUCUCUCCCUUUCGCCAGCGAAGCAUUCAUCAAUUUACAACCCAACAUUUUUUAAUAUAUUGUUUGUUUUUAGUGUUUUUAUUAUCAACAUUUUCUUGUUUUAGAUAGAGAAAAGAUUCCCAUUGUUCUAAGCUAUAGAAGGAGUUUUUGACGGAGAGAACCAAUUCCGUCGCCGUUUGCCGUCGCAGACAAUGGUGGAUAUGGGUCUUUCCGGAUCUGUACUUGCGGUGGUGUUUGGCUUCGUGGCAGUUUUGUGGUUUUUCAUUCAGAGAAAUGGUGGCCGCAAAGAUAAAAAUAAUGACCCCGCCACCACCAGCACCACUACCACAACGGUGUAUGAUGGAGAAUGCAGAUCAAAGGACGCAAACGAUGACGCUGACAUCAUCAUCGUCGGUGCUGGCGUUGCCGGUGCCGCUCUUGCUCACACCCUUGGCAAAGAGGGGCGUCAUGUAAAAGUGAUUGAAAGAGAUUUGACAGAGCCUGAUCGAAUUGUUGGAGAACUCCUACAACCAGGUGGCUUCCUCAAAUUGCAGGAGUUGGGUUUGGAAGAUUGUGUGGAGAAUAUUGAUGCUCAGCGAGUGUUCGGGUAUGCUCUUUUCAAGGAUGGCAAGAGCACUCGUCUUUCUUAUCCCCUGGAGAAGUUUCAUGCUGAUGUAUCUGGGAGGAGCUUUCACAAUGGGCGUUUCAUUCAAAGAAUGAGAGAGAAAGCUGCAUCUCUUCCCAAUGUGAAACUGGAGCAAGGCACUGUUACGUCUCUGCUAGAAGAAAACGGGACCAUUAGAGGUGUUCAGUACAAAAACAAAUCUGGUGAAGAGUUGAAAGCCUAUGCACCAUUGACCAUAGUGUGCGAUGGUUGUUUCUCGAAUCUACGGCGUACACUUUGUGACCCAAAGGUAGAAGUGCCUUCUUGUUUUGUUGGUCUGGUCCUGGAGAACUGCCAGCUUCCACAUGCAAACCAUGGACAUGUCAUUUUGGCUGAUCCAUCACCUAUCCUGUUCUACCCCAUAAGCAGUACUGAGGUCCGUUGCCUUGUUGAUGUACCUGGUCAAAAAGUGCCUUCUAUUUCAAAUGGUGAAAUGGCCAAAUAUUUGAAAAGCGUCGUCGCUCCCCAGGUGCCUCCUGAGAUAAAAGAUGCAUUCAUUGCUGCAAUUGAUAAAGGGAACAUCAGAACAAUGCCAAACCGAAGCAUGCCAGCUGCUCCUCAUCCAACUCCUGGUGCUCUUCUCAUGGGAGAUGCAUUCAACAUGCGCCAUCCCUUGACUGGUGGAGGAAUGACUGUAGCAUUGUCUGAUAUUGUUGUAUUACGUGAUCUUCUUAAACCUCUUCGUGAUUUGAAUGAUGCACCUACUCUUUGUAGAUAUCUGGAGUCCUUUUACACCUUGCGUAAGCCGGUGGCAUCUACCAUCAAUACAUUGGCUGGUGCAUUGUAUAAGGUGUUUUGUGCUUCACCUGAUCAAGCUAGGAAGGAGAUGCGCGAUGCAUGCUUUGACUAUUUGAGCCUUGGUGGAGUAUUCUCCACAGGACCUGUAUCUUUGCUUUCUGGCUUAAACCCUCGUCCAUUAAGUCUCGUUUGUCACUUCUUUGCUGUGGCUAUCUAUGGUGUUGGCCGCUUGCUGCUGCCUUUCCCAUCACCCAAACGUAUGUGGAUUGGAGCCCGGCUGAUCUCGGGUGCAUCUGGAAUUAUUUUCCCUAUCAUCAAGGCAGAAGGAGUGAGGCAGAUGUUCUUCCCCGCUACUGUUCCUGCAUAUUACAGGUCUCCUCCUGAAGUGAAAUUGUAACUUCGAGAAACAGAAUAAGGCUAAUGCCUGUGUGCCACCUCCAUCGGUAUUCUGGUUGUGAGUGUCUUAAAGAGUUUAGUCCAACUGUUACAUAUUUUUUGAUGCUAGUUUUUCUUUUCUUCCCUUCUCGUUUGUUCCCAUGAUUGAUUGUAUUAUUAACUGGAAAGUAAAUAUGACUUAUUCAAUCAUAUAUUGUCUCUUACUGUA